AAAGAGAAUGGAAUAGAAGCAAAAAAGAAUGGAAUAGAAAGAGCAUUUUUAGAUAAAAGGAAACCAAAAUUUAUUACAGAAUCUUAUUUGUAUUUGUUGGAAGUUGAUCCAGACAGCCUCCCCAUAUAGUAGUCUACAAAAAACAAUUCAAGCAAAAGACUAAUUAUGUAAGAGAAAUUAAAAACUAGUUUGACGUUGGAAGCUUGGUUUGUCAUCUUGCAUUUGAUUUGUUUGAUGAUGAAAGAAAUAGUUUUCCCAUGAAAAUUAAAUCUGGGAAAGUGUGAAAACAAUUGGGUUCACAUAUCCCAAAAUUCUGCUAAUUUUUUGGUCUCUUGAGAUACUUAAAAUGGAUUUCAAUACCUCUCUCUCUAUAUAUACUCUUGCUUUCAUUGCUAAAUUGCUACUCCCAUGGUGUCCUUAGUUUCUCACCAAGUCAUCUUGAUUUGCGCAUAAACACACUCUCCAUUACUAUUUCCCUGAAACGGCGCCCCAAGCUUCGGGGGCAGACUCCUUCUCAGGAAGCAGAUUCUUGGUUUUGCAUUAACUCAAACUGUACUGUAAAUUAAUUCUCUUUUUGAGUUUCCUGUUGAAUACCUGCUUCACAGAUGGUGGUCUCUACUGUUUACAUUCAAUAGUCUUGAGAUUAUCGUUAAUGGGUAUGGUUUAGUUUCCCCAGCAGUUUCUAGUUUUUAGAAGAAACUGUAGUUGGAGUUUCAGCCUUUCAAGUUUCUGAACAUAAGAACACCUUUCCUCAAUUCCAUUUCUUUCUGGGAGAGAGAGAUUUGAAGAGGAUGAUGGAAGAAAAGAAUGAUGUUGACAAGAUUGAUGAUGUGAUGUUGCCUGGAUUUCGGUUUCAUCCAACUGAUGAGGAACUUGUUGGUUUUUACCUCAAGAGAAAGAUACAACAGCGAUCUCUGCCUAUUGAGUUGAUUAAGCAAGUGGAUAUCUACAAAUAUGAUCCCUGGGAUCUUCCAAAGCUGGCCACUACUGGGGAAAAAGAGUGGUAUUUCUACUGUCCGAGAGACCGUAAAUACAGGAACAGUGCAAGGCCAAAUCGAGUCACAAGAGCUGGGUUUUGGAAGGCGACCGGAACAGACCGUCCCAUUUACUCCUCUGAUGGUUCCAAGUGCAUAGGCUUGAAGAAGUCCCUGGUCUUCUACAGAGGUAGAGCUGCCAAAGGGAUCAAGACUGAUUGGAUGAUGCAUGAGUUUCGGCUGCCUUCUUUAGCAGAACCAUCACCUCCAAAGAAGCUCCUAGAGAGAAGCCUUCCUCCAAAUGAUGCAUGGGCUAUUUGCAGGAUAUUCAAGAAAACCAACUCUAUGGCCCAAAGAGCUCUUAACUACUCAUGGAUUUCCCAAUUACCAGAAGCUACAGCAUCUGAUGUAGUCAACCAAGGAACACACUGCACUCAGUUCAGUUCAGAGAACAUUUCUUGCACCACAGAAUCAGUUUUCCAAAUAUGCUCUAAUAACUUACAACAAGCUUCUUCUGGGAACUUUCGUGCUUUAGAUAUAUCAUCUUACAAAUCUAUUACUACUACAGUUGACAAGCCAUCUCUGUUCCCUAGUUCAAAUGGAGACCUGACCAACAGCUUCUUGUUUUCAUCAAUUGAAAUGUCAGCUCCCACAAAGUGUCCAGUUGAUGAUAGUUCUAUGCUAUUGAACUCUGCUUUAAUUGGUAAUGUUAGUAAAACUUCUGAAAGUAUAGACUAUGAAGGGUCACAGCAUCAGUUCAAUGGAUUCUCAAUCAGUUUGCCCCAAGUUACACAAGAUCAUAUGGCUGCAGACGAAGAUGAAGCAUGUCUGAGGAAGAAUCCUAGUGGAGUACAUGAAAAUAGCCAGUGGGAGACUAUGCGAUCAAUUGGAUUCCCCUUCAGUUUGACCUCAAAUCUGCCAGAUGCAUGGAAGUCUAAUCUGCCAUGGGAUUCACCACCCUGUCCUAGUGAGAUGUCCUCCACUUAUUCCACAAACAAAUGCUAUACUUAAAUCCCAUUAACUAAGGAAGAAAUGGGAUUUAGGUAUAGGAUAUUGUUUUAUAUUCUGCUUUGGGUGAAUAGUUGGGGCUAAGACUCUAAAUUAUGUCCUGUUUGCUAUGUUAUUGUACAGUUUUUGUAUGUUCCAAUCACACACAUUGGGCUAAAUAUUUCUCUUAUUUAUUCACUUUCUUCGUCUUCAUUCU